CUCGCGGGUUCAUCAGCAAACUUGGCAGCCGACGAAAGAGCGGUGAAUUUUUUCCUUUUAUUUGAAAAUUAGUCAAAGGGAUUUUCAUUUGAUUUAACCGGCUUCGUAACAGAUCAGUCAAGGUUAUGUAGCUUUGUUUUUUUCUGUACCUUUAAAUUUUCGUUUGUGAGAAGAAAUAUACAAGGUAUGAUCUUGAAUGUUCCCGUAAUCCGAAGGAAAAUGUUAAUAUUUACAAAGAGGAUAAUCACUGGAAAAUAUUUCCAACAACAAUUUAAACGCUUAUGUUCUAUAAAAACUAAGGCAGAGGAGCUCAAAGACAAACAAAAAGAAAUGAUGGCACGCAAUUUGCCAAAGCAAAAACCCAUCCCAGGAGUCAAGCAAAUCUUAAUUGUGGCAUCAGGCAAAGGAGGAGUAGGAAAAUCCACAACUUCAGUAAAUUUAGCAGUAGCUUUAAAAGUUAUUGAACCUAGCAAAAAUGUUGGAUUAUUAGAUGCUGACAUAUUUGGACCAUCAGUUCCACUGAUGAUGAAUUUACAUGAAUCUCCUAUGUUAAAUAAGGAUAAUUUGAUGGAACCUUUGAUAAAUUAUGGGAUCAAGUGUAUGUCUAUGGGUUUUUUGAUAGAUAAAAAAUCUCCAGUUGUUUGGAGAGGUCUAAUGGUAAUGAGUGCACUAGAUAGAUUAUUACGACAAGUGGCUUGGGGUCCACUAGAUUAUUUGAUAAUUGACACUCCACCUGGAACUGGUGACACUCAUUUGUCACUUGUACAAAAUCUUCCUAUUGCUGGAACUCUUCUUGUUACAACUCCUCAGAAAGCAGCUAUAGAAGUUACAAGAAGAGGAGCUGAAAUGUACAAUAAAGUCAAUGUACCAUUAGCUGGUAUUGUUUCUAAUAUGACAGCUGUAACAUGUCCAAAUUGCAAAACUGAAGUUCCGCUAUCAAAGAACGAGACUGAUAAGCUAGCUAAGGAAUUGGAUCUAAAGAUUUUAUGCAAGGUGCCUCUGGAAGAUAAGAUAGCAGAAUGUUGUGAUAAUGGAAAGCCAGUGAUUCUAAAUGCUCCAGAUUCAAUGACUGCAGCAGCUUAUAGAAAAUUAGCUCAAGAUAUAUCUACUUUUUUAAAAAAUUGUUCAGUUAGUACAGGGCAAUAUAAUGGAAGGAACAUUCACUAGUGUUCACUCGAGUCCAAAUGCAGAUAUUCAUGAUGUACCUAUGAAUGUAUUAAUUAGGCCAUUUCCACCAUCUGUUGAUGUUACAAAAGUGAAAAGUCUUAUGGAGACCUUGAGCAAUCCAGAAACUAAGUCAC